AUGCUGAUUGGCAUAUUUGGUGGAUGCCGCAGUGAAGGAGGAACAUUUAAACGCCUUUCCUCCUGUGAAGUGUAUGAUGUCAGUCAGGAUAGGUAAGAACGCUCGUGACGCAGAUCUCUUACUUUUUCGUAAAUGUUGCUGCCUCGCCCACUCAUCGGCACAACUCCCCCUCGCAUGCCCCCCAACAGGUGGCACAGGCUGCCCGAUCUACGGGAGAAGAGGAACGGUCCAGCUGCUGUGUGCUUACCCCGCGACAAUCGGGUCUUCGUCUUUGGCGGUAAGGACGAUUCUGCCUGGACUGCUACCGUGGAGUUCUGUCAGCUGCGAGCAGACUGGCAAGUGAAGGCCACCUCAUCCAGCACCGCCGAAUUUUGGCUACGAGCUGCCCCCAUGAGAAUUGCGCGCGCAGUUCUCUCAGCAACACACUUUAGAGGGAUAAUCAUCGCCGCCGGUGGAUUUGAUGGUAACAAGAAAGUCAACGUUGUGGAGAUGUUUUCUCCCCCAGAUAACAGAUGUCCGCUCGGUCAGUGGACGGACCUCGCUGCGAUGAAACAGCCUCGUUCAUUUUUCUCUCUUAUCACCACCCGCGACGCGUUCUUUGCCCUCGGUGGUAAGUCAAGCCCCUUUGUUUUGAGGUGACGCAUAAUUAAGUGCAUUUUUUCUCUCAUGCGAUUUGAUACCAUUAUCGGCAUAUUUUAUACGGUUGAGCAGCAGUGCUUCGAUUAUUGUGAUUACUGUUAAUCUUCUGAUUUGGCUCAUUUUCUGUGGACCUUUUUAAGAUGGAUACGCAUGGGAAUUUUUUCAAAUUUGUAGGCGGCGAUGGGAGAUCAGGAAACACGGUAGAGGCCCUAACUGCACCAGAAGGCUCAGUUGAUCACGGCAAUGACUUGACAUCUUGGAUCUGGUCGACGAAGAGCCCAGUGGAAACCCUUGCGGAUAUUCGAGGAGCUGCGGGCAUUCGCAUGUGA